AAGGAUGGGGCGUGGGGGUGGGGGCUUAGAUGGUAGCAGGGUUCAGGGUGUGGGGCGCACAGGAGGCAGGCGGUCGAGGCGUCCUAGGGAUGUGUACACGAACUGCAGACAAUGGGUUAGGCAGGGGUGAGGGCGUUGAGACUUGGGGGUGGGGGGGGAUUACGUGCAGGGUUAAGUGCGGGACCGUAGAGAAGCCCAGAGUGGAAAGCGGGGAACUGUGUUAGUGGCGUUCUGGACCCGCACCAAGAAAGGGAGCGAAGCGAGGCCACGGGCGUGUCCAGAGGUGGGCAGGCCUUCCAGGGACCCUGGUGCCCCCACCUGGGCCUGGGAAGAGGAGGGAGGACCCGUUAGAAAUAAAAGAGGCCACGGAGGUGUGAAGACAGGAGGCCGACUUGGAGACCUGCAGGCUGUGGGGGAGUUGCGGGGAAGGCAAGGGGCGGGAUGGAGGCCUCUGGUGCGGCUCGGGGGCUGAGAGGAAGCAGCAGGAGGAGAGAGGCAGGGAUGUGCCCGGCCCAGUUGGAGGUGUCCUGGAAGCGGCUUGAUGGAACACGCGGUCUGGCCUAGAGUCGGUUUCUGUUUUGCAGGAGAGCUGACACCCCAGAUGCUGCUGCUGCCGCCUCGGCCGCCCCACCCUCGGUCCUCCUCCCCAGAGGCCAUGGACCCACCGCCCCCCAAGGCUCCCCCUUUCCCCAAGACGGAAGGCCCUUCCUCCACUCCAUCCUCGGCGGCAGGGCCCCGACCCCCGCGGCUCGGCCGCCACCUGCUCAUCGACGCCAACGGGGUCCCCUACACUUACACGGUGCAGCUGGAGGAGGAGCCCCGGGGCCCGCCCCAGCGCGAGGCGGCGCCGGGAGAACCCGGCCCGCGUAAGGGCUACAGCUGCCCGGAGUGCGCUCGUGUCUUUGCCAGCCCUCUGCGGCUGCAGAGCCACCGCGUGUCGCACUCGGACCUCAAGCCCUUCACGUGUGGCGCCUGCGGCAAGGCCUUCAAGCGCUCCAGCCACCUGUCGCGGCACCGCGCCACGCACCGCGCGCGCGCAGGCCCGCCGCACACCUGCCCGCUGUGCCCGCGCCGCUUCCAGGACGCCGCGGAGCUGGCGCAGCACGUGCGCCUGCACUGAGGCCCCGACCCGGGCCCCCGGGCCUCGCGAGCCACACAGCGUCGCUCCCACACACGCUCCCUGCCUCUCUGAGGUUACUGCCUUACCCUGGGCCUCAGUUUCUCCAUCUGUCCAAGGGGAGAAACACCGUUCCUUCCUUACCUUCCUGUCUAGCUGUGUGAUGUAGACCAAGUCGUUGCCCCUCCCUGGGCCUGGGAGCCAGCCUCUGAGCUGGGUUCCGGCCCAGCUGUGCUGUGUGAGCCUCUGCAAGUGACGCGACCUCUCUGAGGCUUGGGCUUCCGCUCCUCUGAGGCGGUGAACGGUUGUCUGCGCGGAAGAUUUGACAAAAGAGCACGGCGCGGUCUGGCUCGUUUCUGUAUAUCCCCCUUCCCACCCACAACCCUCACCCCUUACUCAAUAAACAUUCCACACUCCA